CUUGUUCUUUCCUUGCAGGCUUGGCUCCAAUACUCCUGGUUCUGUUGGCCUUGCCCCUGCAAGCUUCCACUUGUCCAAUGCUCUGCACCUGCUAUAUUUCUCCACCCACAGUCAGCUGCCAGGCCAAUAACUUCUCCUCUGUGCCGCAAGUUCUGCCAUCCAAUGCUCAGCGCCUCUUUCUGCAAAACAAUCUGAUUGGGACUCUGCGAGCUGGCAUGUUUGGGCCCAGCCUUGUCACCCUCUGGCUUUAUUCUAACAAUAUCUCCUCCAUCCGGUCUGGCACCUUCCGCCAUCUGCAGGCACUUGAAGAACUGGAUCUCGGGGACAAUCGCAAUUUGCGCACCCUUGACCCAGAUACUUUCCAUGGACUGGAACGACUGCAGUCUCUGCACCUGUACCGUUGUCAGCUUAGCAGCCUACCAAAUACCAUAUUCCACAACCUCUUCAGCCUCCAGUACCUCUACCUUCAAGAGAAUAAUCUGCUUUGCCUGCAGGAUGACCUUUUUGUGGACUUGGCUAACCUAAGCCACCUUUUCCUGCAUGGCAACAAGAUUUGGCAGCUCUCAGAGAACGUCUUCCGGGGCCUGUCUGGAUUAGACCGCUUGUUGCUACACAGGAAUCGCCUGCACACAAUUCCUACCUGGGCUUUUCGUGAUUUGCGCAAGCUUACCAUUCUGUACUUGUUUAACAACAGUCUGACAACCCUGUCUGAGGAAACACUCUCAAACUUGCCCUCACUGGAGUUCCUGCGCCUCAACAGCAACCCAUGGGCCUGUGACUGCCGUGCCCGCUCCCUCUGGGCCUGGUUCCAGCACACACGUGUCUCCAUCUCGGAUGUCAUAUGUGUAUCUCCUGCAGAGCGCAAGGGACAUGACAUGCGUUUCCUAAAAGAAUCUGUCUUUCAGGACUGUCCUCCAACCAAUCACCACUCUGUUGGGUUUGACUGGGGUUGUAGGCCUGAGUGGGAGAAUGGAGCAAUUCAUCCGCAUCAGAAUGGCUCAUCCAAUCACCUGUACGGCCUGGGGGGGUCACCACCUGCUGACCCCUCCUCCUUCUACAGAGAUGUGCCAGCCAAUGACAUUCGAAGCCCCAAGUAUGAUCCACCUACAGAGGAUGACUACUGGGGGACCUUCGGCAGUGAAGAAGGAGAACAGCUUAAAAAGGGGUGUUCAGGACCUGCUUGUUCCUCUCUGGACUCCGGAGCGAUCAGGAUUGGCUUUCUGUCACUUCCUCUUCUCUGCCUACUGAUACUAUUGGGACCUUCCUGGUUUUGACUACAGAGGGUGGCUGCUCCGCUGAAUGGCUUUGGGAACUGAGACCAAGGCAUAAGUCAGGACAGAUUCUCACCUUGCACUUUGCUGAGGCCAAAGUGAUAAACCUUGACCCUGUCACAAGGGCAAAGGGUCUAUUGCUGCUGCUGUUUUACUGGCCUGUUAGGAGACUAAUGCUAGAGCCACUUUCAGGGUGGUAUCUGAACAUAUUUUUUUCUGAACAUAUGGCAAGAACAUUCCUUUUUAUUUUGGUGGGGUGGGACAAGUAUGGCAUCUUGGGAAAAUUAUGCUCACUAAAUGCUAUUGCUUAAUGGGGCUGCUAUGGGUAUUCUGUGUUUCCUAUGUCCUGGCCAGCAUCUCCUAGUUAAACCCAGGAUGAGCUGGGAUCUCUUCCGUGCAUGAUAGGAAAGUGCAGAAUGGAUAACAGCAUCUGAUUCUCAGAGCUUCAGUCCUCUCUGCUAUCUCUUGCCAUGCACGCAAGGGCCUGCUUUAUUCAAUGGGAUUGGAUCCUUCAGCUAAAGAGAGAACUGUCCCCUUCCAGAAGUGGGGCAGACUAUCAGGCCCUUGGGUCCUUAUCACCACUGACUUCUUCCCAGUGUGUGAUGAAGACAUGUUCAUAUGAAUAGAUGAAGUGCUAGUUUACUAAGCACAAAGCUUAUCACAAGGUAACUUAGCCUUCCUUCCCAGAGACUGUGUCCAGAUAAUGCUGCUGAAGUUAUGUUGGUGAUGGCCAUUCCGUAUGUCCAAGUCUAUGUAGAGUGGUUGCAACUGUCGCAUGAUAAACAUGCGAGUUGGCUUUUGGUCAUAACAUCUGGUCUUCUGGGGGGGGGCGCUGGGGGCAUGUUCCGUUCCCUUCCUGCCUCUGUCUCUUCUUUUAAAAGGCAAAAAAAAAAAAAUCAUUGGAAAGAUAUUAAACUAUUUUAAUAUGGUUUGAUGGACUUGUUCACUUAAGGAA